UCGUGUGCCGGGAAUCAGGAAUGUGAAAGUGGCUAUUGUGAUGGCAUUUGUGGUGAUUGUGUCAUAGACUCACAUUGUCCACAACGGCAAUAUUGCUUGAAUGAUACGAAAGAUGUAAUCAAUACAUGCGGACGAGCAUUAGAGAACGGCAUUAACUGUAAAAGGGGAUCUCAAUGCCUGAGCACGUUCUGUUUCGAAAUAUGCCAGGUAUGCACAGAAGAUUCACAUUGUCCAGCUGAUCAAUAUUGUAAGGAUGAUGUUGACACAUUCUUUUGCACACCAAAGCUCCCAUUUGCUUCAGAAUGUUCACGCAACACGCAAUGUACACCGGGCUUCUGUGAUGGGUUAUGCGGAGCUUGUAUAACAGCCGAUGAUUGUGGAACCGGUGGUGACGCAAUGUUCUACUGCAGAGGUGAAGGAUCCACAUCGAUUGCGAGUGAGUGUUUCGAUCUCCUUGACAAUGGAAGACGCUGCAAUGGCAAUGAGUACUGUAAGAACGGAUUGUGUCAUAAGAGCAUUUGCAGGUCCUGUGUGAACAGCACGUUAACAAACUGUGAACCAGAACAAUACUGCAAUCGGAAUGAGUUCACGUGCAAGGCAAAACAGAAAAAUGGACGAGUAUGUCCCGAUGGCGAUGAGCAAUGUUUUUCAGAGUUCUGUUUCAGGGGAAGAUGUAGAAAUACGUGAAGUUGUGUAUAUGCGUUUGAAAUGUAUAAUUCUUUAGAUUCUUAAUUCAUGCACUAUCGUUUUGGAAUCAUCACUGAUUAGAUUAGUGUAUAUGUAGCAGGACAUCUGGAACCGAUGCUUUUGGAAACAACGGUCCCAUUUUGUGACUGAUAUGGAUAUAUAUGUGUGUAAUCAAAGAGAAUAUGUAUUCAAAAUAAAAUGGUAUGUGUAAUACUGUAUCAGUAAAUUGCAAA